CACCACCCAACCCUAUCCCCUCGUCUCCCCCUUAUUGCUCUUCAAGAAAACCUCACAGACACUAGUACUACUACUACCUCUUUCAUCAAAACUAUACAUAUAUAUUCCUACUUGCUCUCUCCAUAUAUACAUAUAUAUAUAUAUAUAUAUAUAUAUAUCACAGUAAGCUAUAUCAUAUAUAUAUAGCUUGGUAGUUUUUGAAGCUGAUCAACGAUCGAAAUUAAGCUUGAAAAGAGAAAUAAAGCUGGAUCGAAGACAUGGAAAACGACCGUUUUCGGAGAAAAACGAGGAAGAAGAAGAAUAUGAAGAAAAGCCAAGUACUGAUUCAGUUUCAGCUGAUCACACUACUGCUUCCAUUACACAAUUAUUAGAGCAUCAUGUUCAACCGUCUCAACCCAUGUUGCAAGAUCAAGGAAAUCCAAGGAUCAGAAGACACUACAGAGGAGUAAGGCAAAGACCAUGGGGCAAAUGGGCAGCCGAAAUUCGCGACCCGAAGAAGGCGGCACGAGUUUGGCUGGGCACAUUUGAGACAGCAGAGGAUGCAGCCCUUGCGUAUGAUGAAGCUGCUCUCAAGUUCAAAGGAAGCAAAGCUAAGCUCAACUUUCCUGAAAGAGUUCAAGGGAAGACCGAAUUUGGUUAUGUCAUGAGUCGUCCCACGGAUGCUCAAGGGGACUCAACCACCUUUGCUACCCAAAUUCCUCAGCAAGCUCUUCCUCCUCCUCCUCAUCAUCAUCAUCAUCAUCCUGCAAUGUCACAACAGGCGUACCCGGACCCGGACUUUGUUCAAUAUGCUAGACUUCUUUCUAGUAAUGAUGGUGAUUUCCCUUAUUUCACUUCAGCUCUCUAUAGUGAUCAAAUUGGAGUUGUGGGUUCACAAUCUUCAGCAACAGCAUUGUCCUCUACAACAACAGCAUUGUCCUCUAGUACAACAACCUCCUCGUAUAAUUUGGACCCCCAGCAACAACAACAACAACAACAUGAGUUUGGUCUCAGUUCAUCAUCACAAUUUCAAAGCUCCUCUAGUAUUACUUCUGAUCAUAUUCCCAAGCGCGGCAAUGAUUUUGAUACUAGUAGUAACCCAAAUGAGUAGAUGGGUUAUAGUUGGAACUGAGUUUGUGCCGAAAUAUUUGCAUAAAUUAUUUAUUAUUAUUAUUAAUUGGUACGACCAAUUUUCAUUGUUAUAUUUCAAUUUUUUGGAGUUUAUUUCAAUUAGUAAGAGGAUAUUGAGAGACCAUGCACGCAAUAAAGUGUCUCUGCAGCACAAGAAGAAGAGCUUAUGAGGUUCUAUUGAUUAAUUUUUUCAGUCAAUGAAAUCUCUUUCAGCUCAGAUCCUGUAAAGCAUGGGGAGGAUUUUUUUUGUGCAUUAAGAGGAUUCAAAUAUGUAGUUACAUGCAAGUUAUUGUUUAAAUUUGGAUUCAUUCUCUUAAUUUAUAUGUUUCCUUUUUCCAAGUA